CAUAUGCGACUUUAUGACGGGGUUGUGGACUAGUUUCGAUCUGCCUAGAUGUAGAAAGCAGUCCAGACCCGAAAGCACCAACGCACCACAGUGGAUGCUCGCAAUACCCGCGAGAUCGCAUGUUGUCUCUGGUCUUUGCUUUCUUACAGAUGCAGCUACGCUUCACCGCUUGAUUGAACAGGAAACUUCAAAGACUCUUGCUUGAGAUUGCGCGGGACGUCUUCCGUUAGCCAGCAAACGUCGUCACCUCUGAUGGAGCUAGCCGGUUCUUCUCCGCCUCCACCAAAUCAGGUCACUCUCAUUAUUCGCUCGGAAUGUCGUUCAAUAUUCCUCCAUGGUCCUGGCUCCCAUUGUCCCAUGCUCGAUCAUCAAUCGUGGCGUUCUGGUUACUCGGGCGCACUCUCACUUGGGUCGAUCGUUUAGCGGGACUUUCCGACCCCACUCUCCGGUCUUUUCAGGUGCACUCGGCGACGGUCUAGCGUGCUCUCGUCCACUUGGCCCAAAACGCACGGUCGCUUCACUCCAAGGAUGUCCUGGCUUGCAACAUCCGCACCGAUCUCAUGCGAAGCACAUG